AUGGACCUCGCUUUCGGAUUUCCGACUUUUCAUCCAACUUGGUAAGCCUUUCAAAAUUAUAAUUUUCCUUCUCUGAAGUAACUGAGUUAUUAUCUAAGAGUAAUUCUGUUUUCACGACCCUCGAAUCCUCGUUUUUUGGGGUCUACCACAGGUUUUUUGGUAUGCAGAAUUAAUAAAUUAGCUUUCUACAAUUGGUUUAACGGAAAAGGGGUUUUCUUUCGGUUUGGAUAUAUUGAGCAAAAAUUAGUGGGCAAUUUUGGAUUAUAACCGGUCAAGGUAAAACGAGAAUUAGAAGGGAGAGGAGGCGAGGGUGGGGGGGCGGGGAAUGUCCUCUAGCAUUUCUUUCUCUUAGUUAUUUAAUUUUCCUCAGUGUUUUAUUCUUACAAAAUUAGCAUUUAAUAUUAUCACUGAUUUAGUCAAUCACUGGUCAAACGCGACAAGCUCAAUGUUUUGUUCUGCCAGCGUCAGUCAGACAAGGGUGGAAAUUCGGCAAUUCAAAUUUCACGGGAACGUUUUGAUUUACACUGUAUAGAAAAUCCGACUUGCAAAUUUUUAAGACAACUGAGAUGUUUUGGUCCAGUUAGUCUCACCAACUGCAGACAAAAUAACAAUUUUCUUUUGUUUCAUUUUCAGCUACAACAGCUACUUCAAUCAAGCUGUCCCAGGUUAUGGGUUUUUGCAAGAUUUAUGGAGACAUACAGCUCUGUUCUGCGAUGAACAGGCUCGGCAGAAGAAACUAAUGAAGACAUAUUCGGGCCCAGUCAUAAUUGCUUGGCUGCCACUGAACCAAUACAAACCAGAAGAACUUUCACUCUGUGUUGAAGACGAAAAGAUAAUCUUACACGGCCAACAUCGAUACGAAGGAGAAGAUGGAUUUGAGAAUAGUGAGUUCAUGAAAGUCAUUAAGCUCCCGGAUGACGUAGAUCCCACAACAGUGACAUCACAUGUAACCAGAGAUGGCAGUCUUCUAGUCCUCAAUGGCAUCAAACGUGUUGCAAAGAAAAUAAAAGCAAACGAUGACAAGUACCUGGUUAAAUUCGAUCUGCGUGGAUUUAAACGAGAAGAAAUCAAUAUCCAGAUUCGAGGCUAUGAGCUCAUGGUUACAGCAGAACACAGAUCGGAGGAAGAUGGUUCACGUGAUUUCAGGCAUCGCAUUUUGCUGCCCGAUGACGCAGACCUCAGUUCAUUGAAGUCACACCUCUGCUGUAAAGGCGUGCUAAUUAUAGAAGUGUCACGUGACCAAGCGUUCGUACAAAGGGAAAGAAACGUGGACGCCAUGAAAGAUGAUAAGCCCCGACCUCAAGAUGAGGCAAAACGAGAAGCAAGUGGUAACACAGGAUUAGAUCAGAACUUCCACUGA